AUGAAUAACAUAUUUUUUUUUAAUGUUUCAAAACAUUAUUCUAAAUUAAGUAAAAAGGAUAGAGAAGAAGAAAUAAAUUUAUCUAUGGCGUCUAAAUUUUUUUCUAAAACUUUAUUUUCUGCUUUUCAAAUAUUGUUCACUAUACGAUUAAGUAAUGACAUAGAUAAACUUGAUAGGAUAUAUGGUUCCAGUGAAAUGAUUGGUUUAACAAUACAUGAAGAACCAUAUUUAAAGUUUGCCUAUGCAUAUUAUGGUAGUAUGAUGGACAAUUUAACAAAUACACUUUUACCCUUAUAUAUAAAAAAACCAAUAACUCAAUUAAAAUACGGAAAAACUUUUAUUCUAGCAAACAUGUAUAAAUUGUGUUCAGAUAUAUUUUCAUUAUUAAAUUUAAAUAAUUUAAGUCUUUUAUGUGAAUAUCAAGCGAUAGCUAGCUCUAAUUAUUAUUCUUACAAAAAGAUAGCACAAUUUAUAGAUAGAAAAUUUACAAGUAUGGUUAUAGGUUCUCUUUUCUUAAAUAUUAAGAAAGUUAAAUUGGAAGCAGAAGGCAUAGUAACUCCAUAUAUUGAUAAGUUUAAGUGGCCAAAUAUUUUGUAUCCUUUAGGUUUGAUGAAUAUAUAUAUAGCAGGUAGUCUACUUUUUAGAAGUACUUUAUUUUUUCCCAACAAUUUACCCGAAGAACUUAGGAAGCAAGUAGAAUAUAGUUUACCUGAAGAACCAAAUGAAAAACCUUCCGUUUUCUAUAUUGAUAAAAUAGUAAACAUAUCCGUUAUAUAUAGUUUAUCUAUUUCUAUGUUUUUAUAUAAUUUAAUGAGAUGGUAUGCUUUUUAUGAAUAUAUUGUAUUUUUAAUUAGAAGUAAUAUUCGCUUGUUUGAUAGAUUUUAUACUAUACUUGAAAAUUAUGUUGCAUCAUUUAUUAAAAAUAAUAUAAAUAAAAUUACAUUUGAUGUUUUAUUAAAAGCAUUCCAAAGAGCAUAUAUAGCUACAAUGAAUGAAGGUUAUUAUAAAGAAGUCAUUAAAGCUAGAGUUUCUACUAAGAAAAUUGACAAAAAAGAAAAUAGUGAAUAUAAUGAAGAGGAUAUAUACUUAUUAAAACCACAUGAUAUUGAAUUAUUGACAGGAAAUUGUAAUUUAAUGUAUGUAGAUAAUUCUUCUUAUUUUGAAGAUUUAGAUGAAAAUGAAAAAUUUUUAAAUGAAAAAAAAAUUGUACCCUGUGAAAAAUAUGAACAAAUAAAAAAAUAA